CAUCAUUCACAGCUCUACUGUAGAAGUGAUAUCAACUUAUCAAAAACCCAAAUCGGACAAAUACAUAACAAUGAAAUUCUUCAUUAUUGCUGUUUGUGCUAUAGCAGCCGUAUCGGCUGAUGUUUCUCAUUUGACUGGUCAGGGUUAUAAUUACGAUAAACCCUCUACCGUCUUUGAUGUACCACACUUGUCGUCUUCUGCUCCCUCUAAUGAAUACUUGCCACCUCAGCCUCAAUAUUCUGCACCAGCUCCAGUUCAUCAUCAAGAAUUGUCAGCCCCAAUUCCAGCUCCUGCUCCCUCCAACGAAUACUUGCCACCUCAACAUCAUCACUCUGCUCCUUCCAAUGAAUACUUGCCUCCUCAGCCUCAAUACUCUGCUCCCGCUCCAGUUCAUCAUCAAGAACUUUCGGCUCCUAUUCCAGCCCCAGCCCCCUCUAAUGAAUACUUGCCUCCUCAACCUCAAUACUCUGCUCCUGCACCCGUUUACCAACAACAACAAUCUGCCCCAGCUCCUUCCAAUGAAUACUUGCCUCCUCAGCCUCAAUAUUCUGCACCAGCUCCAGUUCAUCAUCAAGAAUUGUCAGCUCCAAUUCCAGCUCCUGCUCCCUCCAACGAAUACUUACCUCCUCAACCCCAAUACAAUGCACAAGCUUCUGGUAGCCACCAACAUCAUCACUCUGCCCCCUCCAACGAAUACUUGCCUCCUCAACCACAAUACUCUGCUCCCGCCCCUGUCUACCAACAACAACAAUCUGCCCCAGCUCCCUCCAAUGAAUACUUGCCUCCUCAGCCUCAAUAUUCUGCACCAGCUCCAGUUCAUCAUCAAGAAUUGUCUGCCCCAAUUCCAGCUCCUGCUCCCUCCAACCAAUACUUGCCUCCUCAGCCUCAAUACUCUGCUCCCGCCCCCGUCUACCAAGCACAACAAUCAGCCCCUGCACCCACCAACGAAUACUUGCCCCCAGUCAAUCAACCCCAACAUCAUGAACACCAUCACGAACAACACCAUCAUCAUGAAUCUCAAAGCCAAGCUGGUGGCUAUCAUUAUGAUGCUCCUGCUAGACGUAUCCGUUAUCGUUACCGUUACCGCAACUAGGUCUUCGCGAAAAUCGUUCGAAAAGUCAGCGUUACUUGUUAAAUUAACAAGUUAUUAUAAGUAUUGUUUGUUAUGAAUAUUGACUAUGUUCGUUUUAUGAUAAGUUUUAGUACAAUUUAAUAAAAAUUAAAUAAUUUU